AUGUUUGUUUCACCACCACCUGCAACAUCGACUAUUCAAGUCUUGCAGAAGAAGCGGUCUAAGAGAGGUAAGGAAAACUCGAAUAGUCUUUCAUCUCAAUACAACAAUCAGCUACAAUCGAUUGCUGACAAUAAUAGUAUAAAUAAUGUUGGUCCUAACCAAUUCAUCCCGAGGCAGCAAGAGCCAGAAGGCUCUAUGACUUCGAGACCAGUUGAUGGUCAGGAGCAAAUGAAUAGAAAGGACGCAUCCAAUUUUGUUAGUGCUCCACCUGAAUAUUCUGACAGAGCUAGACUUGAAAUUAGAAAGAGAUUAUUGCCCACAGCUAACAAUAAAAUUAAUAGACUUCCCAAUAAAGAUAAUAAUUAUAGUAACGAACAUAACAGCAGACAGUCAUUACAACAAGAUAAUACUAGUAUACUUUCAGAAAACGCAUCUUCUUACCAGUCGAGUAUUUUCUCGCAUCCCUCAACAGUAUUUACAGCAUCCACAACAGAUAGUGGUACAAUAUCCAUACCUAAGUAUGUCACUGAAAUUACUUUAGAAGAUGCACUACCAAAGACAUUCUAUGACAUGUAUUCUCCAGAAGUGCUAAUGUCAGACCCAUCAAAUAUUUUAUACAAUGGUAGACCCAAGUUCACAAAGAGAGAAUUAUUAGAUUGGGAUUUGAAUGAUAUACGAUCACUUCUCAUUGUGGAAAAACUUAGACCAGAAUGGGGUAACCAAUUACCUAGAAUUGUAACAAAUGGUAUCAAUUUACCUCAAUUUAGAUUACAAUUACUACCCUUACGAUCAAUGGAUAAUUUUAUAAUUAAAGUUUUGGUUGAAUCAGAUCUUUAUUUGGAAGCUAAUUUAGAUUAUGAAUUUAAAUUGACGAGUGCCAAAUAUACAGUGGCUUCCGCAAGAAGAAGACAUGAAGAAAUAACGGGCAGAAAUGAACCUAUAAUGAAUCUUUCAAAACCAGAAUGGAGAAACAUUAUUGAAAAUUAUUUGUUGAACAUUUCCGUGGAGGCUCAAUGUAGAUUUGAUUUUAAACAACGUUGUUCAGAAUUCAAGAAAUGGAAAUUACAACAAUCCAAUUUAAAGAGACCUGAUAUGCCUCCUCCAAGUAUAAUUCCGGCUCAUCAAACUCCUCAUAAUAAUAACAACCUCUUAAAGAAAGCUUUGAUGAAGAAUCUUCAAUUGAAAAAUUUUAACGGCGGCGAUGUUGAGCAUGGCCAUAAUAAGAAUUCCAAAUCCAGCUCUACUAAUAUGAAAGUAUCAUUAAGCAAGGAAGAGAAAGCCAAUAUUUGGUCACAAUGUCAGGCACAAGUGUACCAAAGACUUGGUUUAGAUUGGCAACCAGAUGGAAUUGUCAUAUGA